CACAAGUUUACAAACACCAAAACGCAAUACAAUAUACAAAGACAAACUACAGGAACGCCGGCGAUGGAUCUGGUGGCGUUGCCAGAAGGAUGCAAAGCCACCGUGGCCUCCUUAACGACGCCUCCUGACGCGUGCAGGCUUUCAGCGGUGUCUAGGGGUUUCCGGUCGGCCGCUGAUUUGGACGCCGUUUGGGACAGGUUCCUUCCGCCUGAUGUCUACACGAUCCUCGGCAAGUGCUCCGUACAACCUCAGUCUCCCUCCUCCCUCCCAGUCCCGACUUGCUCUUCUUCUUCUUCCAGUUGGAAAUCCAAGAAGGAGCUUUUUCUCUCUCUCUCUAUGAGCUUUUCAGUGGACAAAUGGAGUGGGAAAAAGGGCUAUAUGAUAUCUGCAAGGAAGCUUAAGAUUACUUGGGGCGAUACUCCUCAAUAUUGGGAAUGGAUUCGUCUGCCUGAAUCCAGGUCUCGAUUUAGGGUCGCCGAAGGGUUCUGGGACCUCCCAGGUCCCUCUGUAGAUCCGCCACUGAUCCUAUCUCACUCCUCCUCCUCCUCCACCUUCUCCUCCUCCAAGAAGAAGCUUUACCUCACUCUCUGCGAAAACCCUGUCCUCGUUGACGACGGCAAAAUGAGUUUUACUCUGGACAAAUGGAGUGGGAAAAAAUGUUACAUGAUAUCGCCGAAGGACCUUAUGAUUGCUUGGGGUGGUACUCCUGCCUACUGGAAAUGGAUUUCUCUUGCCAACUCCAGGUUUGAGGAGGUGGCUGAGCUUGUAGUUGUUUGGUGGUUUGAGAUCCGUGGCAAAAUUGAUACACGGAUUCUUUCCCCCUCCACUAUCUACAAAGCUUAUCUUGUGUUCAUGUUAAGUGAAAGGGCUAGAGGAUUUGAUCGUGACGAUCCCUUGGAGGUCAAGGUAGGACUUUUUGGGGAAGAAGAGACUAGUAGUAAGCGCAUUGUGUUUCUGGGGAGACAGAACAUUACCGGAAGACCCAUGGAAAUCGAUGAAACUCAAUAUCCAAAGAAAAGGCCCGACGGCUGGCUGGAGGUGGAGAUUGGAGAGUUUUUCUGUCCAGGAGAAGAAGAUGGGGGGUUAAUGGAGAUGACAUGUAUGGAGGUUGAUAGAAUGAAGAGAGGCCUUAUUGUUCAGGGGAUUGAAGUCAGGCCCAAAAGAAUGUAGAAAGUCAAACUUUUUUCCAAGGACUUACAUGUAAUGGAUGCAUUGUCGAUGUUACAUAUAAGGAAUAUUACUAGUAUGAAAAACAAAAAGGCUCAUUGUAUUAUAAUUUUGUUGAUAAAAUGGUUGCAAUUACUCAUCUUUGAACUA